AUGUCUUCUUCAUUUCUAAUAGAUACUGAGCAGCAGGAGAACUUUUUGUCACCUUGUCCAGAGGACAGCACUAGCUCAGAAAAAGAACCUCGCCGGACUGAACUGACACAGGGAUCUGUAGACACUGAGUCGGCAACUAAUGACAACCGAUCAGCCAUGGAGAAUGAUGAUUCAACGGAUGAUGUUGAAUCAUUGCUAACCCCACACCUGCCGAAUUGUAACCCCCGAAGAGUUGAUUCCGCCCGGAAAGUGAAAAGAAGCCGGAUGAAUUUUUGGACUAGCCCGAUCGCUGGUUGUAUACUCACAGAGGAAAUGAUAGAACCUGAUAGCCUGUACUGCCUGUUGAUUCAGCAAUGCGGGAAAGACCAUAAUGAAGAGGUUCCACGCCUCGUGAGACUCUUUUAUGCCAUUGCAAGCCCGUACGCAUUCAAGCAGCUUGCUGAAGCCUGUAAAUCAGCCCGACUGCAAGAGCAUAAUACCCUGUCACAAUUCCCAAGUGAUGAUCAAAUGUUGAUGAACACAUUAGAUGUUUUAGAUUCGAAAUCUACGCUCCGUACUUUACUUCGGCGGUUUUUCUUGGUACGUCUGCUAGACAGCCGGAACCAAAGUGAGAAUAGCUUCAAAAUUAGGCGCACUCAAUCUGCCCCAGGCCGGGACUGCAAAAACAAAGACCGAGCCAGGGACUCUCUUUCCGGUCGUCCUGAUUCGAAUGCUGUUCAAGACCUUCUAUUUAAGUUCUAUCCCCAUAUCAAGCAUGUUGAAAAAUGGUCCGUUGAGUAUAAGGAAAAACAUACCAAGCUAAAAAACCGGCUUAAAUGGGCACGUAAUUGGUAUCUGCUGCGCCAGAAAUUUUCAUCAGGACUGCUGGCUUUAGUACCAUGUGGAGAUGAGCUGCGGAUAGGCAUUGACUGGUUCCAAACGAUACCGAUCCGUCUAUUUUCAAUCUUCCUGGAUAUUCUAGACAAAUAUCGAGGAGAAUUUCUGCGGAACAUCGGCGAUUUAAUCUCCACCGACAUUGAAGUGGUGCUAUGUGGCAGCCAUAAUGGGUUGAUGUAUGGAUUCGAGCACGAGGAUACUGAACAACUUUUAAUAGAGCGUAUGGACUCAGGUCAUCUAAUCGAUCUAUGUCAGCAGGGCAAUGUUACAGAAUGUUCUUUUUAA